UAUCUCAAUUGAUCGGAAAUAUGUCUUCCUCGAGUCCCGACCAGCGCCUGGAGCACCUCCUGAGCGCCGUGAAGAGCGAGUUUCAGGAGGGCAGCGAGAAAGGCGACGCGUUCGAGCGGGAUAUUAAACUUUCCCUAGAAGACGCGGAGCUAUGGAGUAAAUUUAAAGAGCUCACUAAUGAAAUGAUAGUCACUAAGACUGGAAGGCGAAUGUUUCCCGUGCUCAAAGCCAGUGUCACCGGUCUGGACCCCAAUGCAAUGUACUCGGUCCUGCUGGACUUUGUAGCGGCCGAUAAUAAUCGGUGGAAAUAUGUGAACGGUGAAUGGGUGCCGGGCGGGAAACCCGAGCCUCAGAGCCCGAGCUGCGUCUACAUCCAUCCAGACUCACCCAACUUCGGCGCGCACUGGAUGAAAGCGCCCAUCUCCUUCAGCAAAGUCAAACUCUCCAAUAAACUCAAUGGAGGCGGACAGAUUAUGUUGAACUCCUUGCACAAAUACGAGCCCAGGAUUCACAUAGUGAAAGUCGGUGGGAUCCAGAAAAUGAUCAGCAGUCAGUCUUUUCCCGACACUCAGUUCAUUGCAGUCACGGCUUAUCAGAAUGAAGAGAUCACAGCUCUGAAGAUCAAGCACAACCCAUUUGCCAAAGCAUUCCUGGACGCCAAAGAAAGAAGUGAUCACAAGGAUGUCCCAGACCACAGCACUGACAACCAGCAAUCUGGAUACUCACAACUUGGUGGCUGGUUCCUGCCCAGUAACGGCCCUAUGGGCCCCAGCAGCAGCCCUCCUCAGUUCAAUGGGGCCCCCGUUCACUCCUCUGGCUCGUACUGCGAGAGAUACUCCAGCCUGAGGAACCACAGAGCUGCUCCGUAUCCCAGCCAUUACCCCCACCGCAGCACGACCAGCAAUAACUACAUGGACAACUCUUCCGGAAGUCUUGCUUCUCACGACAGCUGGUCGGCCCUGCAGAUACCCAACUCCAGUGGCAUGGGCACCCUGGCCCACACCACCAACACUACCUCCAACACCAGCCAGUACCCAAGCUUGUGGUCGGUCGCGGGGACGAGCCUCACCCCCUCGGGCUCAGCGUCGGGGUCCAUCACGGGCGGCCUGACGUCUCAGUUCCUGCGCGGUUCCUCGGUGUCCUACUCGGGGCUGACCUCCUCUUUGCUGUUUAACUAG